AAGAAAACAAAUCAUGUAAGGUCCGCAGAAAACAGAAUUCUAGUGAAGAGAUGGUUAGACUUGGACGUUUGUGGAUGUCUCUUCUUCCAUUUGGAUUUCUCUUGUUCUUUAGUUCAGCUUUCAUCAGAGUACCUGGUGCCCUUGCCUGGAGCAAAGAGGGUCAUGUCAUGACAUGCCAAAUUGCGCAGGCACUUUUAGAGCCUGAGGCAUCAGAAGCCGUGUACCAAUUGUUACCUGACUAUGUCAAAGGUAACUUAUCAUCCCUAUGCAUAUGGCCUGACCAAAUUAGACACUGGUACAAAUAUAGGUGGACAAGUCCACUUCAUUUCAUUGACACACCAGAUAAUGCUUGUUCUUUUCAGUAUUCAAGGGACUGCCAUGAUUCCCAUGGCGUUGAGGAUAUGUGUGUUGCAGGUGCUGUGAAAAAUUUCACUUCUCAACUCAUGCAUUACAAAGAGGGGACAUCUGAUCGGAGAUAUAAUAUGACUGAGGCGUUAUUGUUCUUGUCACACUUCAUGGGAGAUAUACAUCAGCCAAUGCACGUUGGAUUCACAACUGACGAAGGAGGAAACACGAUAGAACUACACUGGUUUAGGCACAAAUCAAAUCUGCACCAUGUGUGGGACAGAGAAAUAAUUCUCACUGCAUUAGCAGACUAUUAUGAUAAGGAUGUGAGCCUCCUUCUCCAAGACAUUGAGAGGAACUACACUGAUGGGAUAUGGUCAGAUGAUAUUACAUCCUGGAAACAUUGUAAUGAUAUCUCUCAAUGUGUAAAUAAUUGGGCCAAAGAGAGCAUACAAAUAGCUUGCAAAUGGGGUUACGAAGGAGUUGAAGCUGGAGCAACUCUGGCAGAUGAUUACUUCGACUCAAGGGUGCCAUUUGUCAUGAAACGAAUUGCUCAGGGUGGAAUUCGAUUAGCCAUGAUUCUGAACAAGGUGUUUGCUGACUCUGAAGAAAGAUUUGCAACAGCAACUUAGGCUCACAGACCCAUCAAUACAAAGUGUUUUGAAUUUGUUAAUAAGCACAUGCUCUAACUUCAUUCAUUCUCAAUUGUUAGUCCUUAGACCAUUACCUUUCAGACAACCUGCCUUUGUUGCAAGUUAUUUCAGCAUGUACUAGGCAUUGCAGUGAUGUGUUUUCACUCAAGACUUUCUAUUUUCUUUUUAUAUUAGACAUGUCCAUCGCUUGAGUCGUGCUUAAGGAAUUCACAUUAGGAGGUAUCAAAAGGAAGAGG